GGAGGUUUUCUUCAAUUCGUUCCCCUCAGAACAUUUUAUUGAAAAUUGACAAAGAUCACCAGUUUAAAAUUGAUAUUUCAUGGUAGAAACAUAAUAUUCAAGUGUAAGGAAUAUAACAUUAAUUGCACUGAGAUGUUUUAGUUGUUAGAACUCGAAAUCAUCAAGUGAUAUCAAAUUAAAUUUUUUCAUUUCAAUCAUGUUAUCAGCAGGAAUAAUUACAUAAACUUAAAUCUUGAAAUCAAAAAAACUCGUCUUAAAUUGAGCAUUUUUCAAUGUGUGAGCCGACAUAUUAGAAGAACGAAAAAGAAAAUGAAAAUGCAAAUUUCUUAAUUAUAAUGGUCAACCUAUUGAAUAGCAUUGAGCAAAUUCUAGAAACAUCAAGAAAAAUGUCAUAAUUGUACGAAUAAUUGAAAUAAUGGACAAAAAAUUGUUGGUUUAAAAGAGUCAAAUCAAACGAGUCAAAAAGAUCCUUCAACGAAAAGAACAAGCGCUGGAUUUAAGGAAUCAAAUCAAUAUUAUCAAAAAGAUUUUUCUCGCGAUUCAAAUAAAAACUUAAACAUCACGAGUACAAACAUGUCACCGCCAUUGACAAACUUCCAAACUAAUACAACGUCAACAACAACAUCGUCGUCUCCAUCAUCGAAUCAAAGCAACAACACUUCACAUCCUCAUCAUCCUCAAUCGACAGGACAUUAUAGUUCACAACAAAUUUAUCCACAAAUGUUUCCUUCUGGAACUGUGCCUUUAUUACAACACUUUCCAAUCCACACUGGUUAUGUGUCGAAUGGACCACCUGGACAAACAAUGAUUCCUGCUCUUUAUCCCCAAAACACUGAACGUGAUACCAACAUGGGCAUUCAAGUUCAAAAUGAUCAUCACACUAAUCCACCACCAUUAGCACAACAGCAACAACACAUGUUAAAUAAUAACAAUAAUAAUAAUCGGGGCCGGCGAGGUCGAGCACGAGGCGGAACAAAUAUGGGUCGUCGUGAUUAUCCAAUGCGUCAUAAUAAUCAACAUCAGCAGCAACAACAGCAGCAGAAUCAACAAUCGUCGGUUCCAAAUGCGGAAUAUUCUCAGAUGGAGCCGUCGGCGACUGCAUUGAUGUCAUCUGGACCGUAUCCGCAAUUUUAUAUUCAUCAUCAUUUUCCUCCUUACUAUGGACCACCCGGUGGUGGACCACAUAUAGCAGCACUUCCUGGAUCAACGAGCUCAGCAACGGCUCAAAAUUUAACUGGACAACCGCUGUUUGCAAUUCAACAGCCGCUUCAUGUUUAUCCUUAUCCGUUCAUGUACAAUGUGAUGCCAACACAACCACAUCAGAUGACUCAUCAACAGUCAGAAAUAUCUGAGAAUGAGCACAAUCAAAAUCCGGAUAGUAGUGGAGCACCUCCACCAACUCUUAUUCAAUCAAUCCCCUGGCCACAUCAUGUCGCAUUUUCGGAGCCACAUCAACAGCCGAUUUUCCAACAUUCGCCACAUGUUGUGGGUGGAACUGGCGGUGGAGGCGGAGGGGAAGUUGAUCUCGAAUUUACUCAAGAUGAAUAUCAAAUGCAAAUUAUCAAUCAUCCGAGUAAUUUUCAAGUGAUGACCCCGAACAUUGACGGUCAAUGUCUUCAACAAAAUCUUUACGUUGAACCAAUCAUGACUGAGAAUGAAACAACAAUUGAUCAGAAUGAGAUUUAUCAGCACGAAUCAAAUAUGAAUCCGACUGAAAAUGAUAAUGAAAGUGUUGCUGCUGGUGAAUUGUUAAUUAUUGAGAAAACACGCGAUUUAAUGAUUCAAACUGAUGUUGUUCAUUCAUCACCACAUUCUGGAGUUCAUCAUGUGCUUCAAGUUCAUAAUCCGACUAAUGUUGCGGCUACACAAAUGGAAAUGAAUAACGAGAAUAAUAACAACAACAUAAUUGAAGUUCAGUCUUCAACUGUUGCUGACUUAACUAAUAACGCUGCGGAAUUGAAAUAUGAAGAAGUUAAUGCUCCUCCGACUAAAGUUGUCAAUGUAAUUGAUAAUAAAAUGAUCGUAAAGACGAAAGAGAAACCUCCAGCAUGGGGAAAUCCUCAGAAUUUUAUAAAUCAACAAUCAAUGAAGAAACAAACUGCUUCUGUUUCAGUGUCAGCGAUUCCUCAUAAGGACAGCGUUCAAUUGCAACAAAAUAAUGUUGACAGCUCCAAUGAUUACGGAAAUGACGGAAAAGAGAGAAAUGGCGAAAUGAAUAAUGAAAGAGAUAAACAAUUUCCAGCUUUUCAGAGCACAUUCUCAACUGUUGCAGCAGCAACUGCACCGUCUCAAUCGAAGCAGCAAACAUCGUCAAAACAGCAUGUUGAUGGUAAGAAGACUGAAUUUAGACAACAACAAAAUGAAACGCAAACUUCAAAGGCACAAACACAAAUGGCACUAAGUGAACGAGUGAAACAGCAAAUUGUGACAACAAUCACUGGAGUUGGAGGGUCAAGUCAAGAUGUAAACAAUAAAAAGUCAGAAACUGGUGCUGCUGUUCAAGAAAAUGUUCGGACAGCUGAAGAAGUGACGCCAGCCUCACUUCCAGUUGCUGAUAAAGUCACACAACACUCAACAAAACCUUCCGUAGCGACAAAUAAUUCAACUCCAGUUCGAGCAACAUGGGCUGAACUAUUCAUGUCUUCAGAUACUGGAAGCAGUUCAAAACCAUCAUCAACAACAACUUCACAAUCUUCAGAAACAACUCAGAAGCAAUCAACGAUACCCAAAACUCAUUCAGAACCGACAAUUGUUAAUCAACAACAACAACCACCACAGUUGUUGCCUGGUGUCAUGAGCUAUUCAGCUGUUUCUGCUCAAUCUGUAACAGUCAACAGUCAACCACCAACAUCAACUGUUACUGCAACUACAGCAAGUGGAGAUGCUUCUGAUUCUAAAAUUCUACCUCAAAAUACGAAAUUGAAUGAAUUUAACAAUAAUUCAACAAUGAAUGUCAAUCACAAUGUUCACUCAAAGUCUUCUCACGUUGAUCAACACGCUAUGAAAUUGGGUGAUUUCUUUUCAAAGUACAAGAUUGAAAGCAGCAGCGUCAGUCUCUUACCACGAGGAUUGCUUAACAAAUCAAAUUAUUGCUACAUUAAUGCCAUCCUUCAGGCUCUGGUAGCUUGUCCGCCUUUUUAUCAUUUGAUGAAAGCAAUUCCUCAAAUGUCACCAACUUAUCGUGUCCAAACAAAAACUCCUGUAACUGAUGCAAUGGUCGAACUGGUUUCCAAUUACAGUCCAUUGCCUUACCGGAAAUGGGUACCACGAGAUAAAAUGAACAGAAAAGAAGAAGUCCCAGAAAUAAUUCGUGACAGCGCUUUCGAGCCUGUUUGUAUUUUUAAAAUGCUUCAAGCACUGCGAACAGAAAUGUUUCCAGUUGAAGGAAGACAAGAGGAUGCUGAAGAGUUUCUGAGUUUCAUUCUUAAUCGGAUGAAUGAUGAAAUGAUUGAGGUCAUAAGUGGAACUCGAAAUAAAAGCACCAUAACACGUACGACUGAUUUUGGUCGUUCACCAAUUAGUGAUAUUUUUGGUGGUAAAUUACGUCUUCGAGUUCAUCGAGAAGGGGAUCAUUCAUCGGACAAUAUUGAACCGUUCUUCACUUUGAAAUUAGUAAUUGAAAAAGCAACAACGGUUCGUGAAGCUCUUGAAAUAUUAGUUGGUCGUGAUCAACUUGAAGGUGUUACAUGCAGUCGAACAAAUCAAGAAGUCGUAGCAUGGCAACAAGUUACAUUAGAAGAACUUCCUGUCGUUCUCAUCCUUCAUUUGAAAUGUUUCGAUUUCAAAAAAGAUAGUUGCACUAAAAUCCUAAAAACAGUCGAAUUUCCAGUUGAAUUGAAGUUGGAUCCGAAGAUUAUUGCGUCAAAAAAUAAAUAUCAACAAAAGCAAAAGCAAUAUAAAUUGUUUGCAGUUGUUUAUCAUGAUGGAAAAGAGGCUAGUAAGGGACACUACAUAACUGAUGUGUUCCAUGUUGGAUACAGCAGUUGGAUUCGUUAUGAUGACAGUACAGUCAAAGCUGUGCCUGAAGCAAACGUUCUCAAUCCAAAAUCACCUCGAGUUCCAUAUCUUCUUUAUUAUCGACGUUACGAUACCAUUGGUGCCAACAGGGAGCAACGAGAUCAUAAUUGCAAUAAUCAUCAGAAUAAUCAGAAAUCAACCAAAUAGAAAUAA